AUGCGUACUGUUACAAACGUUGGAAAUUAUUACACUUGUAAUUCACCAAAUUGUUGUCAUCCGUCAUGUUGGGAAACAAUAAGGAAAUUAAUGAAUGGAAUUCUUAUAUUUAGGGCUAAAAAUUAUUUAUGGAAACGUAUUGAUGAUUCAGGUAAUAAUGUCAUUAUAAUGGUUGAUCAAGAGAAAAUAAACAUUACAGAUAUUCCAUAUCAGUUAAUUUAUGAUUCAUUUGCGCAAUCAAUAUUUUCGGAUUCACAAUAUGCUUAUAGGUCUCCAAGAUUAACAAAUUAUGCUUAUUUCAUGAUGGAAAAAUUAAAAAGAUCUCAUAUAGAGAAUAGAAAAAUUAAAGAAGGUGAAUUAAUUAAUGAAGAUAAUCAAGAUAUUAAGAUUGAUGAAGAAUGUGUAAAAAAUUCAGAAGAACAUUUAAUUGCUUUGAAUUUACUUAAAAACCAAUUGAAAAAGUGGAAUCAUAUAGAACAUGAAAGUCAAUUAAAGUCUCCUUAUGUCUGGAUACCAUCAAAGAAGUUAGAUAAGUUAGAAAAUAAACCAGUAAAACAGAAAAGAUCUAAACAGAAAGGUAACGGGAAUCUACUAUUUAUGUUGGCAUCAAAGCCAGAAAAAUGUCGGUCAUUUGUUCGACAGAUAUCAUCACGAAAAAAAGAUGCAAAUCAAACUCUAGUCAGUGAUUACAAAAUAAAAAGGAAUGAACAAAAUGAUGUAUUUGAAGAAACCUCUUGUAUGCCACGAUGGAUGAUAUCAUGUCAUAUAAGCGAACACGCCCUAAGGGCAAGAUUGUUACCCUUGGCUCGAGCACAAAUACGUCGACAUAUUCAACAAGGAAGUCUUAUAUUGUGUCCUAGCACAAGUAACAUUGAAUCAGACAGAAGGUCAGAAAAAAGAAUUCCUGACAGUAAGGUUUCAUUAACAAAAAUCUCAGAAGAUGUAUGUGGUUUCGAAGGAGAUGACCAGCAAAUUUUAUUCACUAGAGAACUUACCAUACCAAACCAGAAACUUAUUUCUUUUAAUGAAUCAUUGAAGUCAAAUGGGGUAAAUUUGGAACAGUGCCAGCACACUAAACCGUAUUUCUUGAACGAACUAUUAAAAUCUCAGUGUUCUAGACAUGAUAAACGAAAAGUUUCUGAUUCUCCAUUUCAAGAACAAGAUGAAUUAAAAGCAAAGUCACAUUUGUUAAGUGACCUGUUACUAUUUCAACAGUCCAGACUAAAAAGAUCUGAGCCAACUCCUUCGCACUAUUAUAUGAGUUCUGUUGAUAAUCUACAAAGUUUAUACAUGAACCGAUGUUAUACAUCACCAAUUAAUUGGCCAUCUUUAUUACCUAAGAAUUCAGAGUUGAAAGAAACAAGCUACAAUUUAGGUGAAAUGAUUCCAUCUUCAUCUAGCCAAGAAAAGUACUACACUAAUGAUAUAAUACAAUCAAGAAAUUUAUUGGAAAACGAGAAUUCAUUAUCUAAUAUUAAUGAUUCAUUUGAAAAUGGUUCAAAUUCAGUUGCUAUAUGGCAAAUAAUGCCUGGAAGACUACUUCGUAGAUCUAAAACUCAGUAUAUAUUAAAUAAAAGUCAACAACUGAAAAAUGAUCAAAUUUGUACGGAUAAUUUGAAACAAACAAAGAAUAAAUUGAAAUUAAAUUUUAUGAUUGAGAAUGUUAAUAAUCAACACCACAGGAAGAAAUCACUGGAUUCAAACGUUAUCAAUGGUACUUCAGAAGUGGAACUCUUGAGGCCAACAGAAGAUACACAUGAACGAGAUAAUGACGACUUUAGUGAGAAUAGUAGCCGUUUCAAUAAUUCCUACUGGUCUAGCCGACGUCAUCCAGGUUAUAUUGAACGUAUGCAUACAAUAGGUUCUGUUUCAGAUCGUAAAAGAUUACUUCAAGACAAUAAUAGUAAAAACAAUAAUGACAGAAAUUACAUCGCUCUAGAGAAAUACAAAUUUGUCGAUUCAGUUAAUUUGAUCACCUUGAAACCUAAAACAAAAUCUUUUCUACCACAAAUACGUCAUUCUGUCUCAACGGAAAAACACUGGAACAAAAAUAUAUUGGGACUUAAUUCCUUUGAUUUAACUGAUCAAACUAAUCAUUCCAGUUCAUUACCAAUGUUAAUUAAACCACCACCGCCUAGUCCGGAUGUAAAGUUUUUAGAUUUCUCAUGAAAUAUCGAAAAAUUAUAUAUAUAGAUAAAACAAGUGUUCUCUUAC